AUGCACACUAAACCAAAAUGUAUAGCUGACUACAAUAAAGGUAAAUCUUCUAUGGAUAUUAGCGACCAAAUGGCCACGUAUGGUACAGCCUUACGACGCUGCACCAAAUGGUACCGCAAAUUAGCAUUUGAAAUAAUUUGGGGAACAAGUGUAGUAAAUGCCCAUUUCCUGUACAACGAAUAUUCACUUCAAAAGAAACUCACAAUCACGGAAUUUCGUGAACAAGUGAUCGAUGCGUUGCUGGAAAGAAUUUCUUCAACGAAUGUUGACAGACCUUCACGAUCGAGACCAGAUGACAAGCAUUAUUUGGUCCAAAACAUUGUAAACGAUAAGAAAGUUCGAGGUUGCUAUAAAAUUUAUGGGAGGACAGGAGUUGCAGGAAAAAAAUAA